AUGCUUUCCAAGUUAUUAAUUCCUUUCCUUGUCGCAGGUGUUCUAGCCGCACCUGUGCCCACCGGAGAAUAUCCUGUCAAUUACGUCCACAAGGGUGCCAAUGACAAAGAGAUUUACUAUGUAGGACCGCCCGAGGGUGAAGAUAAUCACAGGAAACUGAGUACCGUCAAAGAAGGUGGCUUCAAUGCCAACAAUGUGCAACCGACUCCCAGUUGGCAGGGCUAUGCAACCGGCAAUCGCGAUGUCCUGUUGAAGAAGCCGACGAGAGGGGAAAUAAUUCAGACUGCGAAUGCAAAUGGAUUUUAUGUCGGGCGGCCACAAGAAUGGGAAGCUCCUGCGACAACGGCCACAAAUCCCAAACGCAAGUCAUCGGAGGAAUAA